AAACGAUGUAAAACUAAAGCGGAAUUGAAAGUCCCAAAAGCCCCAGGCGACCGAGAGAAGAGAACGCAAAGGCAUACAAAAGCAAAGGAUUUGGGAGUUCUGACGGUUGAUAAGAUCUUAAGCGAUGGCUUUGCAAGAAAAGUUAGAUAGUUUUAAACGUCAGCAGGAGAAGUGUCAGUCGAUGCUCUCCAACAUCGCCGCCAAAUCCUCAUCAUCUAGAAGCACCGCAACUCCGAGAUCGGCACCCGCAGCUGCCUCGCCUUUGCCCAAUGCAAGGCCUUCUGCGCCUAUCAAAUUCUCUAAUGAUACCGAGAGGCUCCAGCAUAUUAACAGCAUCAGGAAAGCUCCUGUUGGAGCUCAGAUGAAGCGUGUUAUUGACAUUCUUUUUCAGACAAGGCAAGCGUACACACCCGAACAGAUCAAUGAAGCAUGUUAUGUUGAUGUCAAUGGUAACAGAGAUGUCUUUGAGGGCUUGAGGAAAAAUCCCAAAGUAAAUUUUGAUGGAAAGCGCUUCUCUUACAAGGCUAAGCACGAUGUAAAGAACAAGAACGAACUUCUUGUCUUGAUUCGGAAAUUUAUAGAAGGCAUUGCUGUUAUUGAUCUUAAGGAUGCUUACCCAAAUGUGAUGGAAGAUUUGCAGGCACUGAAAGCUGCGGGUCAGAUUUGGUUGUUAUCGAAUUUUGAUUCUCAGGAAGACAUUGCCUUCCCAAAUGAUCCGAGGGUACCUAUCAAGGUAGAUGAUGACCUUAAAGAAUUAUUCCGGUCAAUCGAAUUGCCACGAGACAUGCUCGACAUCGAGAAGGAUCUCCAGAAGAAUGGAAUGAAACCUGCUACAAACACGGCAAAAAGAAGAGCUGCCGCCCAAGUGCAGGGCAUUUCCUCCAAGCCCAAACCUAAACAGAAGAACAAGGAGUUCUCCAAGAAGGCUAAACUUACCAACGCCCAUCUUCCUGAACUGUUCCAGAAUCUGAAAAAUUCCUGAACCCAGAAUGGGGUUGAUGAACAGCUCUACGUAUUCACAAGCAUUUGCAUAUAAACAUAGACCAAGCGAGCAACAAAGAUUGAUCUGAUUUGUACCGAUAAGAGUAUUUACAUUUUCUUAUUGUUUGAUUUGGUUUUUUUGCAGGCUUGAAUCUUCAUAUCUGAACUUGAAAAUACACGAUAAACAUGACUACAAGAUCCUGUAGUUUGUA